UUGAAAUUUAAAGACUUGUUUUUAAGAGAUGGGCCCUCUGAGUCUAUUGGAGCUGGGAAUAAGUCAGGGUGGAUGACUGCCACUGAGUUCCUUAUAUAUAUGGACCACUUUAUCAAGUUCACAAAACCCACUCCGGAAGAACCUGUGUUAUUAUUGCUAGACAACCACUCUUCACACAUAGACAUCGACGUAGUAGAGAAAGCUAAAGCAAACUCAAUAAUAAUGCUGUCAUUCCCACCACACUGCACACAUAGGCUACAGCCUCUGGAUGUGGGCAUCAAUGGGCCUUUUAAAUCGUAUUGUAGUAAAGCUCAAGACAACUGGCUACGAAAUAACCCUGGAAAAACAAUGUCUAUUUAUGAAAUUCCCGGAAUCGUUAAAUCAGCGUGGCCUUUAGCAGCAGCCCCUGUAACUAUUAUGAACGCUUUUAAAAAGACUGGAAUAUGUCCCUUUGAUCCUGACGUAUUUACAGAGGAGGACUAUGCACCAUCUUUCGUGACAGAUCGGCCAUUGUCACAAGCUGCUUCGUCUCAAGCGAUGUCAAAUGAGGAACCCCUCCAGCCUUCAAGCAGUUCAGUUGCGUCCAGAAUAGAUGACCAGCCUGGACCAUCCAAUAUUCAAUUAUUACCUCAAAGUAAUGUGCAGCCCGAACCUGUAACCAUGAACACUUCAACAUUGGGUCGGAAUGGUGAACAACCUCAGCAACCGGCAAAAGAUCAGUUAUGUUUGUUUUUUCAAGUUCUGUCAUGGAAGUGCCAUAUAUUUAAGUUAUAAAAAAGUGUUUACCUGGAUAAUUAUUGUAUCCCUAAUUAAUAUUAAGUAUGCAGGUAGUUACAUUUAUAAGCUAAAGGAUCUCAAUUUUAGUUAAACAGUACAUAAUGUUCGUAUAAUUGUGUAAUUUGUGUAACUAGUAGUUUUGUUGUUAUUUUCUUAAUAUUUUAUAACGGUGCCUUAACAUAAAUAAAUGUAACGAUUA